GAUGGCUCAAUAUCAGCCAUGUAGGUUGGUGGAGGGUAGCUGGGCUCUAUUUAGUGUAGGUCACCAUUUCAAAGUAAGAUGCAGAAGAAAACGAAAGCAGCGGACGACUUUUAGCAAUAUUUUAACAGAACAAAUGACAAGGGAAGAGCAGCAAUGAAUUCCUUUGGACCCUGCUUCUGGCGAGCCGGACAACACUGGUUCCAUCAAGCUCAAGAAGAAGAGAAAAUGGAUGGUCUCAUUCUCAGGAGUCUGCUCUUGUCCACUGCAGUACUGCUUCUGUACUCUGUUCUGAGAGCUGUUUACACCAGUUGGUGGGGACCCAAAAGCCUGGAGAAGCGUUUAACACAGCAGGGGAUAAGAGGUACCUCUUACAAGCUUUUUUAUGGUGACAAGAAAGACUUCCUGAGAUUAAACAAGGAAGCGUUGUCCAAACCCAUUAGCCUAAAUCACCAGAUUGCAUCACGGGUGCUUCCAUUCACUCAUCAUAUGGUUCAAACAUAUGGAAAAUUUUGUGUAGAAUGGGUUGGAACGAGAGCUAGGCUGAUAAUUGCGGACCCAGAGCUCAUCAGGCUAGCAUUAACAGGGAAGGACGGCCACAUCCAAAAGCGAAAACAGAACCCUCUUGUUAAUAUUCUCGGUCUGGGCCUCUUUGCCUUGGAGGGGGAGAAAUGGGCAAAGCGCAGAACAUUGAUGACUCCUGCUUUCCACCAUGGCAAGUUAAAGGGGAUGGGGCCAGCCUUUUCAGCCAGUUGCUGCAACAUGAUUGACCGGUGGAACGAACUGGUUAGUCCUGAAGGAUCAUGCGAACUGGAUGUUGCCCUAGAAUUGCAAAAUCUUACCGGUGAUGUCAUUGCUCGAACAGCCUUUGGAAGUAGCUAUGAAGCCGGAAAGAAGAUAUUUGAAUUCCAGAAAGAGCAGGCAACGCUGGUGAUGGAAGCUUUCGAAGCCUUCUAUUUUCCUGGUCUGAGAUUCAUACCCACAAAGAAAAACAGAAGGAGAUAUUAUCUAGACAAUGAGAUCAAAACAACAAUAAGGGGCAUUAUUCGAGAAAAAGAGCAGGCCAAGAAAAACACAGAAUCAAGCAGCACUGAUUUAUUGGGUUUGCUGUUACAAUGCAAAGAACAGAAGGAUAAUGAGAUGACAAUUGAGGAUGUGAUUGAAGAAUGCAAGUUAUUCUACUUCGCUGGCCAAGAGACUACUGCUAACCUGCUAACAUGGACGAUCAUCGCCUUAUCAAUGCAUCCGAAUUGGCAAGAGAAGGCAAGAGAAGAGGUUCUGCAGAUUUGGGGGCAGAAAACUCCUGAUGUUGAAGGCAUAAACCAUCUCAAGAUUGUAAGUGCAAUUCCGUUUAUGCUACGCACAAAGGUGCUAGAAACAACACUAACACUUGAACCCACAUCAUUUUGGAAGCUAGUAGUUGCUUAUGGAGGUAAUUUGCAGGUCCCCAUGGUAGUACAUGAAGUCUUAAGGCUAUAUCCACCGGUGGUAUUUAUGUUACGACAGAUUCAUCAAAGAACAAAUAUAGGGGGAUUGUCCAUCCCAGAAGGGAUCGACCUUUACUUACCUGUGCUGCUUCUUCAUCAUGACCCUGACUACUGGGGUGACGAUGUUGAAGAAUUCAAACCAGAGAGAUUUGCUGAAGGGAUUUCCAAGGCAUCCAAGGAUCAAAUGGCAUUCUACCCAUUUGGAUGGGGACCCAGAGUCUGUAUUGGCCAAAACUUUGCAAUGAUGGAAGCAAAGAUGGCAUUGGCCAUGAUUUUGCAGCAUUUUUGGUUUGAGCUCUCGCCCACUUACACUCAUGCUCCUUUUACUGUCAUUACUCUUCAACCACAACAUGGAGCUCCAAUAAUACUACACCAAAUCUGAGGUGUUUACGUGACAGGAACGUCAUCUAUAUCCAAGGUGUUGUCAAUUAGCUGGAAAAUAUUGUUCUUCGAUUUUCUUGGAAACUAUAUGGUUCUGUAUUUCAGGGGGAAAAAAGUUGAGUUUUCCUUUUUGUUCAA